ACUGCACAAGCUGACCCAUUUAUUUCGACCUCAAAGCCGCAUCUAUCCACCCCUGAAAGCUCACACUUCUCCUCGAGUCGACAGCUUACCUACCCAAACCACCAAAAUAGAUCGCUCGCCAGCUCACCGGCCAGCAAACCGAUGGCGCUCGUCCACGCCAAGGCCCCCGGCGAGUCCACCUCUGCCGUCGCCGCCCACCACCUGUUCCUCGUCGUCAUCGACGGCGUCGAGGCGUCCAUCCACGAGGGGACGCUCCACGGCAGCAUCGGCGGCUCGGUUACCGUCACCAGCCCCGGCAACCUCUCCGCUGACAACCUCCGGAGCGUCCUCAUCCGCGGCGGCGGCGGUGGCGCCGUGCGGUUCACGCUCUGCGCCGACGCAGCCGCCGAAGGCAUCGACUCCGUGUCCUUCGACCGGUGCGGCACGGCGCGGGUGGACGGGGCGCGGGAGGUGUCCGUCUCUCGGUGCCGCGCCGCGGAAGUGGAGCACGCUGGUAAGGUCACCCUUGAGCGGUGCAGAGAGGCGCGACUCAGGGGAGGCGGCGGGGUUCGGGCCGCGCGGUGCAGGCGCGCCGACGUGGAGAGCUUCGGCGGGGUGCGCCUGGAGCGGUGCAAGGACGCGCGCGUCGACUGGUGCGGCACCGUCGAGGUCGAGAUGUGCAGGGCCGUCGACGUCAGCCGCUGCGGCGCCGUGACUGGGGAGCGGUGCCGCGUGGUGAACGUCGCAGGGUGCGGUAGCGUGGCGGUGGCGCACGCGGAGAUCAACAUGGUGGAGGAAGAGCAGCAGUAAGCCUGUAAUUGUCUUUCUCGGCAAUCCAUGUUUCCAGCAGCAGUAAGUAUAGGUCUGUUGUAAACCGAAUACAUGAACAAAUUUUGAACUAUGCCUUGCGAUUCACAAGUAAAUACAUGAAAUUUGUCUU